AUGAGAUUACACGCGCUGGCAAGCCUGCUGGGCUUAUGUUCAUUCGCAACAGCCUCACAGCUUCGGCCUCGAGACUACCAGUCUCAGGACUACUAUGUUCUGCAACUUGAUUCGAACAUCGCUCCAUCACAAGUAGCACUUUCCUUGGGUCUGACACAUGAAGGGCAGCUCGGAGAACUGGCAGAUCACCAUAUAUUCUCAUGCGAGAAACAGGAGGAUGAUAUCGUACACACAGCAUUGAAAGAACGGAGGAGGCGGAAACGAGAAAUCGGUGGGUCAGAUAUUCUCGAUAAUGUCAGACUCGCCCGAAAGCAAAAGUUGAAGCCUCGAAUGGAGAAGAGAGGUGUCCUACCCCCUCCACCAGCAGGAUAUGCCAGUCCUGUUCAACGGCAAGCACCUCCGCCGGAAGAUGCUGCAGUCGCGAAGCAGAAAGAGGUCAUGAAGGCCUUGGAAAUCUCAGAUCCAAUCUUCAACGAACAAUGGCAUUUGUACAAUCCAGUGCAAGUUGGCCAUGAUGUCAAUGUGACCGAUGUAUGGAUGCAGGGUAUCACUGGUCACAAUGCAACCGUGGCCAUUGUGGAUGAUGGGCUGGAUAUGUAUAGCGACGAUUUGAAGGAUAACUAUUUUCAAGAGGGCUCCUACGAUUUCAACGACCAUACUGAGGAACCAAAGCCGAGAUUGUCAGACGAUCGACAUGGCACACGAUGUGCCGGAGAAGUGUCAGCAGUGAAGAACAAUGUCUGCGGUGUUGGAGUUGCAUGGGACUCGAAGAUUGCUGGAAUCCGAAUCCUAUCCAAAUUGAUUACAGAUGCGGAUGAAGCGAUUGCCAUGAAUUACGCAUACCAACGCAACCAAAUAUACUCAUGUUCAUGGGGUCCGCCAGAUGACGGACGAUCCAUGGAUGCCCCUGGUAUUCUGAUUAAGCGUGCAAUGUUGAAUGCGGUGCAGAAUGGCAGACAGGGUUUGGGCUCAAUUUAUGUUUUCGCUUCUGGAAAUGGAGCUGCAAAUGAAGACAACUGCAACUUUGAUGGAUACACCAACAGUAUUUAUAGUAUUACCGUGGGUGCGAUUGAUCGAAAAGGACUUCAUCCAUAUUAUUCCGAGCACUGCUCUGCGCAACUGGUGGUCACAUAUAGUAGUGGAAGCGGAGACGCGAUUCACACUACUGAUGUGGGAACCAACCAAUGUUAUUCUGGCCACGGUGGUACAUCAGCUGCAGCGCCGCUUGCAGCAGGUAUCUUUGCACUUGUUCUACAAAUUCGACCAGACCUAUCGUGGAGAGAUAUGCAAUACUUGGUUUUGAUGACAGCUUUGCCGAUUGAUUUGGAUACUGGAGAGUGGCAGACAACUACUAUUGGAAGAAAAUUCAGUCACACUUUUGGAUAUGGAAAGAUAGAUACGUGGGCGACGAUUGAAGCAGCCAAGACAUUUAAGAACGUCAAGCCACAGGCCUGGUAUUAUUCGCCAUGGAUCCACGUCAACCAGACCAUUCCUCAAGGCGAUGAAGGGUUAUCCGUGUCUUUCGAAGUUACAAAGCAAAUGCUACAAGAAGCCAAUCUUGAACGUCUUGAGCAUGUAACAGUCACCAUGAAUGUUGAGCACGGUAGAAGAGGUGACAUUAGUGUCGACUUGAUUAGCCCAGAUAACCUCGUCAGCCACCUUUCAGUUACUCGUCGACUAGAUAACGCGCCGGAGGGCUAUGUCGACUGGACCUUCAUGUCUGUUGUUCACUGGGGCGAAGCUGGUAUUGGUAAAUGGACAAUAGUGGUCAAGGACACCAUGGUCAACGAAUUUAACGGUACUUUCACCGACUGGCAUCUCAAGCUCUGGGGCGAAAGUAUCGAUGCUUCGAAAGCCGUUCAGCUCCCACUUCCAUCUGAUGAAGACGAUGAUGAUCACGACGCAAUCGCUAGCAGUACCACAACUAUCAUGGCAAGCACCACACCUGUGGCUCCUGCGCCGUCUAAAACUAGCAUCCUCGUCAACCCUACUGACCAUCCCGACCGCCCAACAAAGCCCACCGCUCCAGUCGAAGAAGAGGAAACCGCCGCGCCAACAGUAGAGCCUAGCCCAACCGGCUCCCCUGCAGCAGCAACAUCUUCUCCAUCAACCUGGAUCCCCUCUUUCGUUCCAACCUUCGGCAUCGGUCACAAAGCACGAGUCUGGAUCCUUGGUGCAGUCGGACUAAUCCUCGCAUUCUGCAUCGGUCUUGGUAUCUACCUCUUCAUGGCCCGCCGCAAACGUCUCCGCAACAAUCCCCGCGACGAGUGGGAAUUCGAUCUUCUCGAAGAAGACGAAGCCGACGGUCUCAACGGCGCCGGCAAAACCACUCGUGGUGGAAAAGGCGGCAAGAGAAGAGCCGGAGAGCUCUACGAUGCAUUUGCCGCUGGCAGUGAAGAUGAAUCCGACGGCGAUUUCGACGAUGAGGGCGGCGAUGAGCAGGAAAAGAAGUUAUAUGAGGAUGAUGAGAGUGAGGGCAGUGGAAGCGCUCUGAGAAGUCCUAGUCAUCACGUCAUUGGGGAUUUGGAUAGCGAUGACGAGGACUCUAUUGUUGGCGAGAAGGCGCGCAAAUAG